AGGUCUUUCAGGCAGAGACUCAUUCAGGAGACUCUGUUUGUGUCAGAGUCAGAGAGCCGUGUCUCUCUACAGUCAGAGGUUUUUGUACGGCGGCUCAAUGACUUUGUAUCACUGUGGUACACGUUCGGUGGAGGAACCAGACUGGAUGUUGGAAGUGAUACGCGCCCCACCCUGACGGUGCUGCCCCCCUCCGAUAAGGAGCUGCAGCAGGGGACGGCCACGCUCAUGUGCCUGGCCAACAAGGGCUACCCCUCAGGCUGGAUUCUGGCCUGGAAGAUGGGCGGUGGCGGCAGCAUCAGCAGCAGCUGGGAGGAGAGCAUGAGCCCCGGGGCGCUGCAGAAGGACGGCCUCUACAGCUGGAGCAGCACCCUGAGGCUCCCUGUAGACCAGUGGAGGAAGUUGGGCUCUGUGACCUGUGAGGCCACCCAGGGCUCUCAGACUCUGGUCUCACGGUCCCUGAGCAGAGACCAUCUCGCAGAGCACUGCGGCGAGUACAGCAGCCAGCUGACCUCCAACGGGCAGUGUCGGCUGAUGGCCACGCUGCCUCCGGUGCCGGCGGGAACAUCCCAGAAACGCUGCCCGGAUAUGUUCCGCUGCACAGACGACAUCGCUUACUGGCUGCACGAGAACAACAACAGAAAAGAGAAGCUGGACGAGCUGAGGGAGACCAUGUCUGAGCUGCAGGAGGAGCUGAGGAACCACCGGCAUCGAGUGAGAACCCUGGAGAUGCAGGGUGAAGGAAACAUGACUCUGAACGUGACCUUUGACCAGCGCCUGCAGUCCCUGGAGUUGCACCAGGCCAAGAUGGACACGCUGCUCCACGUGCACGAGACGCUGCUGCACGAGCUGGAGGCGCAGCUCCGUAACCUCUCGGCCACCGUGCAGCGCGUCAACCUCAACACGGGCUGCAGGAUCAACAUCAUCGGGGCUACGUCGCUGCUCAGCAUGCGGGACACGCUGCCGCCAGAUGGACGGCACAUGUCUCUCUGUCCGUCAGACUGUGCUUCUCUCUAUCACAACGGCGUGCGUCGCUCUGGCGUUUACAGCAUCGUGGUGUCUCCAGGUUCAUCCCAGGCGGUGUACUGUGACAUGAAGACAGAAGGUGGAGGCUGGACGGUGCUGCAGAGACGGCGUGAUGGCUCGGUGAACUUCAACCGCGGCUGGUUGGAGUACCGUGAAGGCUUCGGGGAGCCGCGAGGAGAGUACUGGCUGGGGAAUCAGCAGCUCCACCUGCUGUCCAAUCAGGGACACUACAGCCUCCGAAUCCACCUGCAGGACUGGAGCAAUGCCCACAGACACGCCCUGUACCACACCUUCAGGAUAGAGGAUGAGGAGAACCACUACCGCCUCCACGUGUCCGGCUUCAGUGGAACGGUGAAGGAUUCUUUCGGUUGGUACCACGACCAGCAGAGCUUCAGCACGCCAGACACCGGGAACAUCUGUGCCGAGAUCAGCCACGCCGGCUGGUGGUUCCACCAGUGCUUCUACGCCAACCUCAAUGGAGUCUACUACAAGGGGGGGCACUACUCUCUGAAAGCUCAAAACCUGCUGGGACCUGACGGCAUCGUCUGGUUCUCCUGGAGGGAAUCAGACUUCUACUCUUUGAAGGCGGUCACCAUGAUGAUACGACCAAACAACUUCAGACCCAGCUUCUCACCGUAGGGACAGAUUCCACAGCAGCCUGAGGUAGUCCUACAGGCUCCGGAGGGGCUGCUGUCUUCCUUUGGAGGCUCUCCAAGAUCCACCAAAUGCACUUCUCUCUUUUUUAUGACACAUUUUGAAGCUUUGCACCUUUGUAGAAACCUCUCAUGAUAAUCUGAGGCCGGCUUUUUGGAUAAGAGAAGAAAAACACAACAACAUGUUUCCUUUUUUCAUAGAGUGAUUUAUUGCAACACUUACAGUUCUUCAGCGGUGAAUCUACAGGACUCCUUAAAGACACUGAUUACAGCAGAGUCGGGUUGUUCUCGCGGUCAUGCUAACUGUACACACAUGACUCUAAUACAACAGACACAUGGUAACUCAACAGGAGGUCAGAGUAUUGGGGUAAGGAUAGUUUCCCCCCUCAGGUGGUCGGUGGUGGGAGGAGUUUACGAGGGACGCUCCCUGGGGCGGGUGACAAACUGCCACCACAGAGGAGGGAGUUCGCCCUCCUUGCGGGCUGGAGGAAGGGCCUCGGUCUUAGGGCCUUCUGGACCGGUCUCAGCCUGAAGCUGGGCCACCUGGAAGCAGACGAGAGGGGAAAUGUUUACAUCACACUUUCAAAGACAGAAGCUCGAACAAAACUAUUUCUAAAUGAUUUAAAUGACUGUUUUAAGCUUGAGCACAACAUAUGAAAGUGUUUGAUCUCUGAAGUCUGACUCUGGUACCAGAGCAAUGCUCCCGUCCUGCCAGCUAUACUGCAGCUUCUGCAAAGUCUCCAGGUGGACAUGUUUACAUAUUUUUGUAAGAAAAAGUUUUUAAAAAGUAGAAUUUAUUCGUCUAUUUAAUAAAUUCUGCAGCAGAAUGUGAGAAGAGCGGGUUCCUGA